AUGUUUAGGGCCGUCGAAACGCUCAUCAACUGCCUGCAAAUUCUCAAACUUGGCUACAAAAACCGAGUGCGCACCCUGGAGAAAAUAGGGGCCGACGAUGCCCACGUUCAACGAUCCAAGAAUGCCAGCACUGGCUUGCCCUUUGAGAAGUGGGAGCUGUAUCAGUGGAAACUAGUCAAAGAGCAAAUGUUUCCACCCUUCUUCGUGGAGUCUGAGAAGCUUUGCGUUCCUGCCAAGUUCCUUUGCCUUAAGCGAUUUGCUGCUUUGGCGAAGAUUGAGAUUCCCUCCGCGUUCACAGGACGGUUAGAAGACAGUAUUCUAGCUCAUCUUUUCUAUGAACUUACCUUGAUCCUAUUGAAGGAUGCUCUGGGGGAUGGGAUACACAAUCACCCUUUCGCAAGGUAUUUGGCAGGAAAGGUUCGACAGAAUGACGAGGAUGGCAUUGCUUCCGCUUCUGCAUCUUCUUGCCCCGAGGCAUUCUUCAAGUUCUCGUGUAGCUUGCCUGCUAUGCCUCCGGAUCACAUGGAAGAGGACAGUGGAGAUCUGUGA